UAUAUACAUUCCUCAGCUAGCGCACUGUUCCUCAAAUAUCUGUCCGCCUCUCAGCUUUUCCCUUCCCAUCGACGCGAUCAAACCUAGAGGAGUUUUCCGAGUUGUUUACAGAUACCUUCACCAUGGGUAAGGAAAAGGUUCACAUCAGUAUUGUUGUCAUAGGCCAUGUCGACUCUGGGAAGUCAACCACCACUGGUCAUUUGAUCUACAAGCUUGGAGGUAUUGACAAGCGUGUGAUUGAGAGAUUUGAGAAAGAAGCUGCAGAGAUGAACAAGAGGUCCUUCAAGUAUGCAUGGGUUCUUGACAAGCUCAAGGCUGAGCGUGAGCGUGGUAUCACCAUUGAUAUUGCCUUGUGGAAGUUCGAGACCACAAAAUACUACUGCACUGUCAUUGAUGCUCCUGGACAUCGUGACUUCAUCAAGAACAUGAUCACGGGAACCUCACAGGCUGAUUGUGCUGUUUUGAUCAUUGAUUCCACCACUGGUGGUUUUGAGGCUGGUAUUUCCAAGGAUGGUCAGACUCGUGAACAUGCAUUGCUUGCUUUCACUCUGGGUGUGAAGCAAAUGAUUUGUUGCUGCAACAAGAUGGAUGCAACAACCCCCAAGUAUUCAAAGGCUAGGUAUGAUGAAAUUGUCAAGGAGGUGUCAUCCUACCUGAAGAAGGUUGGAUACAACCCGGACAAAAUCCCUUUUGUUCCCAUUUCUGGAUUCGAGGGUGACAACAUGAUUGAGAGAUCCACAAACCUUGACUGGUACAAGGGACCAACCCUUCUUGAGGCUCUUGACAAUGUCAAUGAGCCCAAGAGGCCGUCUGACAAGCCCCUCCGUCUCCCACUUCAGGAUGUCUACAAGAUUGGUGGCAUUGGUACUGUACCUGUUGGCCGUGUUGAGACAGGUGUGAUUAAGCCAGGUAUGGUGGUCACUUUUGGGCCAACUGGUCUGACCACUGAAGUGAAGUCUGUUGAGAUGCAUCACGAGUCUCUUCCAGAGGCCCUCCCUGGUGACAAUGUUGGAUUCAAUGUUAAGAAUGUUGCUGUGAAGGAUAUCAAGCGUGGUUAUGUUGCUUCAAAUUCCAAAGAUGACCCUGCUAAAGAAGCUGCGAGUUUCACUGCACAGGUCAUCAUCAUGAACCACCCUGGUCAGAUUGGGAAUGGGUAUGCGCCGGUUCUGGACUGCCACACCUCUCACAUUGCUGUCAAGUUUUCUGAGCUGUUGACCAAGAUUGAUAGACGGUCUGGUAAAGAGCUUGAGAAGGAGCCAAAGUUCUUGAAGAAUGGAGAUGCGGGAAUGGUGAAGAUGGUUCCCACAAAGCCUAUGGUUGUGGAAACUUUUGCUGAGUACCCGCCUCUUGGGCGUUUUGCUGUGAGGGAUAUGCGUCAAACUGUUGCUGUGGGAGUCGUCAAGAGUGUUGAAAAGAAAGAACCUUCUGGUGGUCCUAAGCAGACCAAGUCUGCCUUGAAGAAGAAGUGAACUGUGCUGGUUGCUCAGAAUGUGUGGCUUAAUAAAGAACAUAGUCUGCUUUGUUUUUUGUGUUUCGUUUUGCCUUGUCCGUUUGGUGCCUAUUCUCAGAAUUGGGUGCUUGACCGGCGGUGGCGAGUCUGAGUGUCUGUUUUCUUUCGUGAUGGAUUGUGUUCAAUGAUUUUAAUGAUUUUAUGUUUGAGUUGCCUUUGCCAUCUUUCUUCCAAAGUGGCACAGGAUAUUUGUCAGACUUUUUAGUUAAUUUGGGAUAUCAAUCUGAGCUACUUUUUUCUGUCAUAUCCUAUGUUUCU